ACCGCGGUAAUCCAUGAGCUAACUUGUGUCUCCUAGGUCCCUCCGUUUGUUAACGAGUUUGCUGAUAGUACGCGUUUGAGGGUACUAGCAGUGAGCAUAUUUGUAUUUGUAUGUGCGGCCUAAAACAAUGUAAGUCUUUUAUUAUUCCUUAUUUCUUGUUCAGUAGAUGCAUAAAAUCGUUUUCACAACUUGAUUAACAGAGUUUUAAAAUUCAAUAUUCUGACAGCCUCGAAACGGACUGGAACGCGUGUUAAUCCAUAACAAGUACUGUCACUUUCUUGACGUGAAUGCAAAAAAGACAUUUAGUUCAAGAUGCCACUGUUUGGUAAAAAGGAUUCCACGAAAAAAUCGAAAAAGGAUUCAGAUAAACAGCCCUCCGUGGAAGACAAAUACAACUUGAAGGAGCUGCUUGGAACCGGUGCUUUUUCUGAGGUGCGCUUGGCUGAAAGCAAGGAGAAGCCCGGCCUCAUGUUUGCUGUGAAAAUCAUCGACAAGAAGGCGCUCAAAGGAAAAGAAGAUUCCUUAGAAAAUGAAAUUAAGGUCCUGAGAAGGUUGAAACAUCCAAACAUAGUCCAGCUCUUGGAAACUUUUGAAGACAAACAUAAGGUGUAUCUGAUUAUGGAACUGGUCACUGGCGGCGAGUUGUUUGACCGGAUUGUCGAGAAGGGCUCAUACACAGAAAAAGAUGCAUCCGAUCUUAUUCGGCAAGUGCUGGAAGCUGUGGACUACAUGCAUGAACAAGGCGUUGUUCACAGAGAUCUCAAGCCGGAAAACCUCCUAUACUACAGUCCAGAUGAAGACAGUAAAAUCAUGAUCAGUGAUUUUGGACUCUCCAAAAUGGAAGAUUCUGGCAUAAUGGCCACAGCAUGUGGGACCCCAGGCUAUGUGGCUCCUGAAGUACUUGCCCAGAAACCUUAUGGCAAAGCGGUAGAUGUUUGGAGCAUAGGAGUUAUAUCUUACAUUCUUCUUUGUGGAUAUCCACCAUUUUAUGAUGAAAAUGAUGCAAAUUUGUUUGCCCAGAUAUUAAAAGGUGAAUUUGAGUUUGAUUCCCCAUACUGGGAUGACAUCAGUGACUCUGCCAAAGACUUCAUCCGUCAACUCAUGUGUGUAGAUGUAGAGAAGAGAUAUACCUGUCGCCAAGCAUUAGCACAUCCAUGGAUAUCUGGUAAUGCUGCCAGCAACAAGAACAUUCAUGGAACCGUGUCUGAACAGCUCAAGAAAAACUUUGCCAAAUCAAGAUGGAAGCAACUGAUGCACGCCAUUGCAAUGGUCCACAAGAUGCAGAGAUUAGCUUUGAAUAAUUCUAGUAGCAUGGAUGUUGAUGAAGCACACAUGUGUACAACUAUUGACGAGGAGGAGGAGGAAGAGGUAGAGGAAGCAAGCAUACCUUGCAACUACUGUGGUCCAAAAGAUGAAACGGAUGGCUCUAAGCAGCACCAGUAGCUCUGGUCGCAGUCCAACACCUGCUGACAAUGGUCCAAGUCCACAGACACCUGGUUCUGACCUGAAUGGGACACCACCUGCUCAGAAUGACUAAUGCCUGCCCUGCCACCGCCUACCCACUUGUGCGACUGCCCCAUCGGAUGCAACAAUUAUAUGGUCCCUUAUUACGUGUACUUUUGGCCACUUUGUUUAAAACACUACAUCUCUUUUUCAAGGCCUUAAAAUGUUGUACAUUUUCCCCAUUUGUUCACAAAAUGAUGCAUGUUGGUGCUUUGUGAACCUGUCUUUGUAAAGCACAUUCUAGUGGGACAAGAUAUAAGAGUUCCCACUCUUGAUUGUUGGUUUCACAUUCGGUUGGCUGCUCUUUGUUCACUGGGUUUGUGUGGCAACAUUCUCGCGACAUCUUCCAUGCUCUUUCUGUUCAGUAUAUGUGGAGUCUACUCUCCAUUUGUUGGAUGGAAAUAUAUGUAAAAAAUAUUAUAUAUACAUAUAGAAAGAGAACACAUAGAUAUGUACAUGUUAUCAGCAUGUUGUACACUUGUAACAACACAUCUGAAUAGUAAUAUAUUGCAAAAAAUAUACACUCUUUAUUUCUGCUGCCAUGAAACGUAUCAUAUUUAGGGCUGUGCACAAUACUAUAUCAUUAUGGAUAUAAUUAUUUUUUGUAAUGUCAGAUAAAAAUUGAAUGAAAUCUUGGUUUCGUGCAUCAAAAUUAAUUGUUUUCUAGACAAAUUUUGGUAAAAUAUUGAAUUAUUAAAAGCACCUCACUUGUGGAAAUAUUGGAAUAACAAAACAUCUGAAUUAGUUAUUUUAUUUCUUGGAUCUUUACCAUCAUGAGGGUUUAUUUUUUAAACCAAGCAUUUUGGAAACCCGUUCCAUCUCUGGCUUCAAACACUGAAGGGUCAGUACAAUGCUGAUAUCCCUUGCUUGAAGACAAAGUCAGUUUCCAAAAUGUUGCAUUUUAAGAAUGAAAGCAGGUGAUUAAUAAGGUUCAAGAUAUAGAAACUAACUCUGAUGCAGGUUCAUCAGAAACAUUCAGAGCUGAGUUAGACUCAUAAUGUAUGUACCAUUCAUAACUUAGCAGUUGAAACUGGCCAUCUGCAGUCCAUUGAAAGGAACCUAGAAUUUUAGAUUAAAAUGUAACUUGUUAUAUUGUCAUUGUUGUUGUAUUGUGUGCUACCAGGCUCUUAUACCAUAUCACCAUUUCCAUAACAAUAUUCCUAUUAAUGUUGGUAAUACAAAGUACAUUACUCUUGAAAUGUCCAUUCAUCAUAUAUUUCAGUGCUACAGAAAAUGUAACAAUGGGUUUACAUGGAUGCAAAUAACCCUUGAUACAGACCACUUACUAUCCAUACCAUAAUCCCCAGUUUUCAUGCUGUACCAGUACCUUAAUUAAGUUCAUUCAAAAUUCUGAAGUGCACUAUUCUUGGUAAUAAGUAAUAUGUUAGAAACAGUAUUUACCUGGUCUUCAUUUUGUGACAUUAUAGAUUACACACAUACAUCUGAUUCCCAUGUUUCUGGUAAGAAGUUGUUUUGAUAAGUCUUGAUUGUAAAUAUUGCACAUGUCACAAAAUAUUCCAGGUACUCUUUGUUAUUUUAGAACGACUGAUUUAAAUUGACUUAUUAAAUAUGAAAAUAAACUUUAUCCUCACUAUUGUAUUCCCCUUUCUUUUUGUUUUAAAUUGAAUUUGCUAUUAGGAAACUGAUGGGUCACUAAAUGGACUGGAACAGGCUUGAACAUAUCAGCUUGUAGUGUAUGUUGAUGAUUUUAAUUUAUUAUGUGAAAAUUUGUAUAUGUGCUAUAAAGAGAAAGUAACUCUAUUAGAUGCUGUUAAGAAGGUUCUUGUAGAAACAUGCACAGAAAAAAGUGAGAGUACAGGUUAAAAAUGGUAAUAAAUAUCUUGAAAGUGUAGCAGAGUUCAAGUUCUUGGGAAUAGCAGUAACAGACCAGAAUUGUAUUCAAGAUGUGAGAUCAAAUUUAACAAAUUCAUGCUACCGUUCAGUCUAGAAUCUUCCCAUCUCCUAUUAAAAAUUUAUGAAACUAUAAUUUUAUGAAUUUUGCCCUCGUUUCCAAAAUAUGUUCUAAUAUCAUAAGUGUAGCCAGUCAUGUCAUGCAAUUUACAAAUCUUUGUUUCAGAGCAUUUAUUUCUUAGGAACAUAUUGCUUGUAUUGAAAAUAACUCUCCCUUUGAACAGCACAAUGACUUCAUCUGCAGCUAAAUAUUUACAUGAUCUGUGAAUUUUAGCAUAGGUUUCAUUGAGCUUAUCAACGAGAGAUAUUGUUUUCCACAGUCCAUCAUAGUUUUGUCAGUCAUGUUUGGUUGAGUCAUAUUGUCACAAAAAUGUAGAAAUCCAAUAUAUGAAAAAACUUAUCCAAGUUACUAUAAAAUGGCAUAUAGAAUUGUUCAAGAGUGGACCAAAAUCUUUCAAUGUGUCCUACUUGUGAUGUGUAAUUUGUAAGAUAGAGCCAAAAAUACAUGCAUCUCUUCAAUCUUUACUUUUUAGUCUCAGCUAUUUUGGUAAGUUUUCAAAUAGUGAUAUUUUCCUUACAGAUGUAUCAUUUGAAUUAAUUAUUACAACAACCAGAAGAAACAUAGACCAGAAAUUUUAACUUUAAACUUCACUAAUAUAACUUUUAUUAAUAUAAACAAGUUUGUAUAUGUACUAUAAAAUACAUUCUGUGUUCCUUGUGUAUAUACAUAUAGAUAUAUUUGCUUAAUUACAUUUAUAUUUAAUUUUUGUUCUUCAAUUUGUUUUUAAACUGUGCACCAAAAAACCGAGAUUUGUAACAUGUAUAGCUUCCAGUCUGUUUCUUUCUUGCAGUUAGUUUUGAUGGUCUUAUGUGUAGUACUAUGAUGUUUUGAUAUUUUCAAUAUUUCAGUGUCAAUAUUUGCUGUUUUGAUAUUUUCAGUAUUUUUUUAUAUUUCGAUACAACGAUAAUGUUGAUGAUGAGAUGGAUGUUAAUUGAUUCACUACAAAAUUUGAGCACUACAGCCCUAAUAAUAUCAGGUCCAUAUUAUACUAUACAGUAGUCUGUGAUGACAGUCUAUUUGUGUUGGCUCUCAUAGGGCUGUUACGCCACGGAUUAUUAUUAUUAUUAUUCAUAACUUUAAAUAGAUAAAUCCCUGUGUAAGUCCCAAUUUGGUGAAGAUUGUCUUGAGAUUCAGAAAGCAUUACACUGUACAAACUGCCUUCAUUUGAGUAACAGUGACAUGGAUGUUCUGAAUCAGAGGCCUUUCUGUAGAAUUUUUAUGAUACCUAUCACUUUGGCACAUACUCUAGCAAUAGAGCUGACAUUUCAUGAAAACAGCUUAAAAUAGACUGUCCCUGUUCAAGUAAUCUGAAAUGUUAUUCUUGUCCUUUGCUUUUUGUGGUUGCAGUUUAUUGUAUAACUUCAGCUUUUGGGAGUGAGCCACACUGAAUGUUGAGUAUUAACCAACAUUUUAGAAAACAUUGCACUUGCCAUCAUCAGGGUCAAAGUAUGGUGGUUGGGAGUUUUUGGAAGCCUUACAUAGGACCUGUAUAAGGUUUCCAAAAACUCCCAAGUACUUUUUUGGUGAUUGCAUCUCUUGCGGUAGUCUGGAACUUCUUCAUGGUGGCAGCCGUUUCUUAUACAUAAUUUAUGCAAGUGGGCUUUCAUAUGUUAUGUUUUCAUGCCUUUGGGAUAUAAAUGUAAAUAAUUAAGAUGUUAUGUAAAACACAUUAUGGUUCCUUAGCAAGUCUGCUACAUGACUAUGGAAUCUUUAGGUUUUGCGAUUUAUCAAUUCAAUAAACGUCAGUUCUUAACGUGUAAGGAAAACUUGCAUCCACCAUGAAAAAUAUAGGAGUCUGAAAUAAUAAAUAUUAAUUUUUACUUGUGACACCAUGUAAUCAAGUCAAUACCAGUGUUCCUUGCAAAUACUGGUAAAUGUCUACAAGACUACAUGGUAUCACAGUCCAGAAGAUUACAGCAGACAUUCAAUGCUGUGAGAACCUCAGAAAGGUUAUUUCAGCUCAAUUGGGACACUGCUCUCACAAUGUCAAGAAACAGCUCGUGAAUCAUAUUCUUUCAAUAACAAAUAAUAGUGUUAUAAGAGAUAUGAUUUGAAAGAUUUCGAUAACUACAUAAUACCAGUUGCCUCAAUGAGAAAUAAUGUAUUUAUGUGUUAUAUUUUUAAAACAAAAGGAGAAAAUCAGUACCUUGUAAGCUGCUGAAAAAAUGUACUUAUUCAUUGACAUAUGAGAUUCAACAUUUUGGUGGAUGCCAGAGUUUUGCUUCUUGCUGGGACAAUUGGUCUGAUGUGUGUCAUGAUUAGACAUCAGCAUGUCACACAUAUAGAAAUUCAAAUUGUUUCAGUUACUUCAUUUCUGCUGUGUACAAUAAUUUCAUACAUUUGUAGUUUAAUCUUUUUACAGUUUUUUAGUCAAUGCCUAUAUUUUAUUCUUUUAAUUUGAUUUUUUUCAUGGAAUGGGCCUAGUUUGAGUGCAUGAGCAUCCUACCUUGAUAUUUGCAGAAUGAAUGGAUAGGUUACCUUCCCAAUGUUUAAAGGAGUGCACAAUCAAAAGUAAUCUGAAAUCCUCAAUAGUAAGGCUGUAAUGAAGCUACAGUAUAACUCAUUUUCAUGAUAUUAAUUAACAAGAAAAUAUACUCAUAUUCUAAUCUUA